CAGUUUUAUUUAAAGUCUAAAGUCUUUUGUUUCAUUUUGUCUCUCAGACUUAGAUCCUGUAACCUCUCAGGGAGAACUUGUGAAGUUCUGUCAUCAGUUCUUAGCUCCCAGUCCUGCUGUCUGAGAGAAGUUGACCUGCAGAACAACAACCUACAAGAUUCAGGGGAGAAGUUGCCGUCUGGUUCAGACUGUACACUGGAAAUAUUCAGGAAGCCUGAUGGAGUCCGAUGGUUGAAACCAGGUCUGAGGAAGUAUUCCUGUCAGCUCACAAUCGACACAAACACAGUGAACAGAAACCUCCAACUGUCUGAAGACAACAGGAAGGUGACAUGGAUGAAGAAGCUUCAGUCAUAUCCUGAUCAUCCAGACAGAUUUGAUGAUUACUGGUCUCAGCUGCUGUGUAGUGAUGGUCUGACUGGUCGCUGUUACUGGGAGGUCGAGUGGAGAGGAAGAGUUUAUAUAUCAGUGAGUUACAGAAGAAUCAGGAGGAAAGGAGACAUUUAUGACUGUUUGUUUGGAUUAAAUGAUCAGUCCUGGAGUCUGAGCUGCUCUGAUGGUGGUUACUAUGUCUAUCACAAUAAGAACAAAACAUCAGUCUCCUCCUCCUCCUCCUCCUCCUCCUCCUCCUCCUCCUCCAUCUCUAACAGAGUAGCAGUGUAUGUGGACUGUCCUGCUGGCAUUCUGUCCUUCUACAGAGUCUCCUCUGACUCACUGAUCCACCUCCACACCUUCAACACCACAUUCACUGAACCUCUUUAUCCUGGAUUCUGGAUCAGUUCUGGUUCCUCAGUGUUUCUGUGUUGAGUC